CUAUCAUUCACCUCUAUAUGGAAGAGAUGCUGACGUCCGGGGACAUGCUAACCUCGAAGCUAGUCAUAAGACUGAAUAGAGAGGACGAAAAGAGCGGCCUUCUUGUAAUUUUUCGGUUUUAGGGAAGAGUGAUAAUGUCGAAGCAUUUCUUGACAUAAGGGCAAGGCUGGCUGAGGUCCAAGAAACCCAUGGUUCUCUGCCACAAGCCUCUCUCUAGGACCACAUGCGUCGACAUAUGUUGAUUUUGGAAGAUUCAGAGGAUGAUUCUCAUCCAUUGCAUGCGCAUGAUCGCCCUAUGAAACGUGAUCAACCCAAUGAUAAGGGCAGAGGGCGUCGCCUUGUAAAAGCAUCUCAUAAGGCCCGAGUUAAUGGGGGAGACGACAACUAUAUGUGGGAAGGGGAUGCUCGUAAUUCCUCCUGCCCUUCCUCGACCCCCCUCCCUCACUGUGUCCAGAGUUGUGUGAAACCAGAAGUCAAGACGAAGCGGGGCGUUGGGCAAUGGAGGAUUCGUGCUCACUCUCAUGCUCCCAACAUGUCGGAGACCGAGCAGGUUGUUAUAGAAAAUCAUGUGACGACCAAGGCUGGCCCCUCCUCUACCUUGCGUGCUGAGUACACUUUGAAGAGCCCUUAUGCAGAGACUGUCGAAGACCUGGUGGAUCCCUCUUUGAAGGAUCAUGCACUCCACUUCGAGUUCAAAAGCCGAACACCAAUGACUGAUCUCGCCAAGGCUCUUCGGUUCAUCAAUGGGUAGAUUCAGCAGGUGGUUGCUGCCUUUGAAUUAGGGAUGGUUAUCACUGAUGAAGAUACCACCCAUGUUGACAAACAGCUAGCUCUCGAAGUCAUGGAAAGAAUGAGAGCGUGGCAGGAGGAGAAGGUGGAGGAUACCGUUCAACUCGAUGAAUACGGGACUAAUUUAGUUGACCCUGAUUUUGGGGGUCGUAAGCGCCCAUUGAGUGAUGUGGAGGGGUAGAUAGGUGAUAACCCUAAUCCCAAUAAGCAAUUUGUGGAGGAUGAAUCUGAAAAGGUGGAGGAAGCCAGCCUAAAAUGGCUCCGAUCCGAUAAAUAAGGCUUCAAACCGCUGUCGGUUUAGUUCAUUCUAAUAAACCGGACUUUGUUUUCUUUUCAGAAACCAUAUCGCGCCGGAGAGUCGUUUCAUGUCGUAUGUGAGGUUUAGGUUUUGAUAAUUUGCAUUUGAUGCCAUUGAUGCAUCUGGUGGUCUUGUGUUAGCUUAGGCCCCCGAAGUUGAUGUUUCUGUUUUUUUUCAUUCCAGCUUCUGCAUUUGUACUCAAAUUAAUGAAGUGGAAUUUUCCUAUGUUGUGGUUUUUGUAUACAUUAGUUGCAUUGAAUCAAUAAGAGCUCACCAAUUGGCUUAGUUGCAUGAAAGUUGUGAUGCUAUCGAUAUUCCUUUCGUGGUUAUGGGAGAUUUUAAUGUGACUCUCCAUGAGAAUGAAAAACACGGCAAAAAUCCCUAGAAUGCCGCCCAAGCAACUAAUCUCCUGAAUUUUGUCCAUGAUCUGGGACUCCAUGACCCUAGAUAUCAAGGUGACCAAGGGAUGGUCUAACCAAAUUACCAAGUUAUCAAAUCUUGUAAACUUCUGGUUUACAUUUUUAUGUGUACAGAUAGUACUAAUAUAUCACAUAAAACAUUAGCUCUUCUAGAGGUUUUACAUAAUUUGGUACUAAAUUUUGCCCAUGACUUAGUGUGAAGUCACAAUAUUUGUUUUCGCUCAUAUAUAAGUUAGCUACUUCAAGUAAUUAAAACAUAAGCUCUUCCGGAGCUUCUAUUUACUUUUGUAGUAUAUGAUAUAAUAAGAAUAUUUAUUCUUGUAAAUAUUCAUGCUUCAUAAUGACAUUUAUACUAAAAACAAGGAGAAUAUCUCUACGUUAAGAUAUAAGUAAUAAUGUAACUAAUUCUUUAUUAAUAAAUUAAAAUAUUUUUUGUGCAAUAAAGCAUAAUAAAGAAACAAGAAUUAAUUUUGAAAUCAAUCUAUUAGUACCAAACUUGAAUAUGAUUUAUUUGGAAUAUUACAAUCACCAAUUAGGUGACUACACCUUCAGGGUUGAUAUAUAUAUAUAUGGUGGCGUCUUCGGUGCACUCACUUUUUUGGGUGCAUUCAGUGCACUCGCUUCAUAACCAUCAUUUUAAACAUGCGAUUUAUGUCAAAAUGAUGUCAAUCAUCACUUAUGAUAUGAUGAACAAUAACACAUGAAUUUGCACAAAAACCAUUGAAGAUUUACUUUGAUUUGUAGGAUUUAGAGUUUUGAGAUUUAGGGUUAGGGUUUACAAUUUGGGGUUUAGGGAUAGAACUCAAAAUUGGAGGUCUAGGGCUUAGAUUAAUCCGCUAAUUAGUUGUUAUCAUAUGUUAUAUCAUCAUAUUACACUAAUUCUACAAAUUAAAAUUCGAAAUCCGACACCCUAAGACUAGUUUUUGAGUUGGGUGCAUUGAACGCACUCAUUUUUGUGAGUGCACCGAAGUAGUCACCAUAUAUAUAUAUAUAUAUAUAUAUAUAUAUAUAUAUAUAUAUGGUUCAGGCUAGCGUACGUCAGUCGUACAUUGUACGCCCGUCGAGUUUUACUAUUUAGAGCAGGAAUUAACCGAAAUUUUGGGCAUGAUACUAUACCCUAACCUCUAAUGGAUAAACCCCAGUCCCUAAUUCUCUAACCCAGGCCACGAGAUUCAUUUAAUCUAAAAAAUAAUAACCGACGAUUCUGAUUCAGUGAAAUAUAUUGAAGUGCAAAAA